AUGUUGGCUAGAAGAUCAGUGAUCCUGGCCGCACGUGCCAUCGGUCGCAAAGCCCAGCUGGGCUUGAAAGCUGCCACCACCCAAAGUUCGACUUUUUUUCCAGUUUCUGUCGUCGAGCUGAACCAGAGAAGAUCUUUCAACAAUACUCCGAUGACUUCCUCGACCAGAUCCACAGUUGUUCAGCUUUUGAACAACAUUGGUUCGAAGAGAGAGGUCGAGCAAUAUCUCAAAUACUUCACUUCUGUUUCGUCUCAACAAUUCGCUGUGAUCAAGGUUGGAGGUGCCAUCAUCACGCAACAACUCCCCGAGUUGGCUUCUUGUUUGGCUUUCUUGUACCACGUGGGUUUGUACCCCAUUGUGUUGCACGGAACUGGACCACAAAUCAACGAGUUGCUAGAAGUUGAGGGUGUGGAGCCAGAGUACAUUGAUGGAAUCCGUGUGACUGAUGCCAAGACCAUGGAGGUGGUCAGAAAGUGUUUCUUGGAGCAGAACUUGCGUCUUGUGACAGCUCUUGAAAAGAUGGGUGUCCAUGCUAGACCAAUCACUGCUGGCGUCUUCUCUGCAGACUUUCUAGACAAGGACAAGUAUCAGUUGGUCGGUAAAAUCAACGGUGUUAACAAGUCUCCUGUGGAAGCUGCCAUUGAGUCUGGCUACUUGCCAAUUUUGACUUCCUUGGCUGAAACACCCUCCGGUCAAUUGUUGAACGUCAACGCAGAUGUUGCCGCUUCCGAGUUGGCCAGAGAGUUCGAGCCCUUGAAGAUUGUUUACUUGAACGAAAAGGGUGGUCUCAUCCAUGGUGGAACUGGUGAGAAAAUCUCUGCCAUCAACUUGGAUGAAGAGUACGAAGACUUGUUGAAGGAACCAUGGGUGAAGUACGGCACCAAGUUGAAGAUCAAGGAGAUCCAUGACUUGUUGCAACACUUGCCAAGAUCUUCUUCUGUUGCUAUUAUUGACGUCAACGAUUUGCAGAAAGAAUUGUUUACAGACUCGGGUGCGGGCACUUUGAUCAGAAGAGGCUACAAGUUGAUUAACAGAAACAAGUUGAGCGACUUCACCAACUCCGAUCUGUUGAGAGCCGCUUUGUUGAGAGAUCCUGAAAUCAAGAGCGGCAAAUUGUCUGUCGCCUCUUACUUGAAGCAUUUGGAAUCCGUUUCUUUCAAGUCAUACGGUGAUGCACCUUUGGAGGUUUUGGCUAUUGUUGUUGACAAGAACACCAAGACCAAUGUUGAUGUGCCUAAGUUAGAUAAGUUUUUGUCUUCCAGAACCGGCUGGUUGAACAAUGUUACUGACAACAUCUUCGCUGCUAUCAAGAAGGACUACAAGUCUCUCUAUUGGGUUGUCAAUGAAAACGACAGCAACUUGUCAUGGUAUUUCUCCAAGGCUGAAGGCUCUUUCGCCAAGAACGGUGAAAUCUUGUUCUGGUUCGGUUUAGAUACUGAUACAGCUGCCAAGUUGAUUAAACAAUUCGACGUCGCUUCUGUUGGAUCAUCUUUGUCAUCAGAGACAGAGAGUGGUGUAUUCUCUGCUGCUCAGCAAAAGAGAGGCUUCCACUCCUCGGCUGCUCGUUACUACCCAAACUCCAACACCAACCCCAACCCUCCUAUUAAGGAAGGUACCAACUCAAAGAAGUCUAGAGUCGCUUUGAUUGGUGCUAGAGGCUAUGUUGGCCAGAAUUUGAUUGGUCUCAUUGACAAGCAUCCAUACUUUGAGUUGUCUCUCGUUUCUUCCCGUGAGUUGAGUGGUCAAAAGUUGCAAGGUUACAACAAAGACAACAUUGUUUACUCCAACUUGCAGAAAGAAGAGAUUUUGGAAUUGGAAAAGAACAAUGAAGUGGAUAUCUGGGUUAUGGCUUUGCCUAACGGUGUUUGUAAGCCAUUUGUUGAUGCUAUUGAGUCUGUUGAAGGCUCUCAAUCCAAGAUUAUCGACUUGUCGGCAGACUACAGAUUUGACACCACUGGAGAAUGGACUUACGGAUUGCCUGAAUUGGUUGACAGAAACACGAUCAGAGCAGCCAAAAAGAUUUCCAACCCCGGUUGUUACGCCACUGCUUCUCAAUUGGCCAUUGCUCCUCUCAAAAAGCACAUUCAAGGAUUGCCAACUGUCUUCGGUGUCUCAGGUUACUCUGGUGCUGGAACUAAGCCAUCUAAAAAGAAUGACGUUGAAUAUUUGACUAACAACCUUGUUCCAUACUCCUUGACUGACCACAUUCAUGAGAAGGAGGUCAGCUCUCAGCUUGGUUUGAGCAUUGCUUUCAUUCCACAUGUGGCUCAAUGGUUCCAAGGAAUCUCGGCCACAGUUUCCAUCCCUCUUAAGCCAAAGUCGCUUACUUCCAGAGACAUUCGUAACAUUUACCAAGACAGAUACCAAGGAGAAGAUUUGAUCACUGUCAGCGGUGAAGCACCCCUUGUCAAGGACAUCAGCGGAAAGCACGGUGUUGUUGUCGGAGGAUUCGCUGUGAACUCUGCUGAAGACAGAGUUGUUGUUGUAGCUACGAUAGACAACUUGCUUAAGGGUGCCGCAACCCAGUGUUUGCAAAACAUGAACUUGGUACAAGGGUACUCUGAAUAUGAAGGAAUUCCAACUGAUGUUGUUAUCAGAGGAUAA